UGGCGUGGCCGUGGAAGGAAGGGAGGAAUGGAGGAGGAGAGCACAGGCACUGCGGGAAGAAUAGAAACCUGAACCCCAUUCGCACUGGGGAAAAGAGAGGGAGGAGUGAAAGAAUCGCAGACGCACGCCGUGUGAUUAUACAAGCGGCCAUUACAUUGAGCUGCAUUGAGGUGGGGAAGCAACCACUGAUGAUUAUAAUACAGCAGGUACCGGCGAGUGAAGACCGCACCGACAAAGGAAUAUAAGAACCGCUGUCCGGAUACAGUUUCAUUGAGGCCUCGUAUCUGUUUUCGGAAGAAGCCGAAUAGAACACACACACACACACACACACACACACACACACACACACACACACACACACACACACACACACAAGGGAAGCGCACACAUAAAAACCCAAUCACCGGCCCGCACGCGCCACAUUGGACUUUUGGAAUUGACCGUCGGGAUUUAAGCUGAUAAAUAAUGGGUUUAUUUAGUAUUACAUUUAAAUGUAAACAGUUCGAGACGCUUAACAGUCAUAUACGAUAAGGAAUAUUGCACUUUUAUUAUAUUGUCAAAUAUAUUGUUUUGUCAGUCGAAAGUAGCUUUGUUCACGAGAUUUAUUUAAUUCACCAUCAAGUCAUAUAUAAAGUACGAUAUUGAAACGUGGAUAAGUCGGUAUCCACUGUGGAUAUUCAACGCAAACGGGACUUGACAGCUGUUGUCGGACGACUGAGACCCACCGUCCUGGAUUACUCUGUCAACGGGCCGCUGUGAGACGGCCAGCGGGAGUGAGAGACACUAUGGCCGGCUACAUCCCGGGCUUACUGCCGGCGAAUCACUCCCAGGAGAAGGAGUUCGCACAGGCGUAUGAGGAUGUGCUGGAGAGAUACAAAGAUGAACGGGACAGGGUGCAGAAGAAAACUUUCACCAAAUGGGUCAACAAACAUCUCAUAAAGGUGAGGAAGCACAUCACAGACCUGUAUGAAGAUCUAAGGGAUGGACAUAAUCUCAUCUCCCUGCUUGAGGUGCUAUCUGGUGUCACAUUGCCCAGGGAAAAGGGUCGCAUGCGAUUUCACCGACUCCAGAAUGUGCAGAUCGCCUUGGAAUUCCUCAAGCAGAGACAGGUCAAAUUAGUGAAUAUACGUAAUGAUGACAUCACAGAUGGAAACCCAAAGCUGACACUGGGUCUGAUCUGGACCAUCAUCCUUCACUUUCAGAUCUCAGAGAUCUAUGUGAGCGGUGAGUCAGGUGACCUCACAGCGAAAGAAAAACUGUUAAUAUGGAGUCAACAGGCCACAGAAGGCUACCCCGGUCUCCGCUGUGUUAAUUUCUCCUCAAGCUGGAGCGAUGGACGCUUGUUCAACGCCAUUCUGCACACAUACAGGCCAGACCUGAUUGAUAUGGAAGUGGUUGCACAACAAAGUAACCUUGAGAACCUGGAACAGGCCUUUGAGAUUGCUGAAUCAUUAGGUGUAACACGACUUCUAGAUGCUGAAGAUGUGGAUGUGCCGUCACCAGAUGAGAAGUCUAUCAUCACAUACGUGUCCUCCAUCUACGAUGCUUUCCCCAAGAUCCCAGAGGGUGGAGAAGGCUUUACAGCUCAUGAGAUUGACCAGCGAUGGGCAGAGUACCAGUCUGGCUUCUCUUCUUUGCUGCAGUGGACCAGGCAACACACGGCCCUCAUGACCAAUAGGAGCUUCCCCCACAAUCCUGUGGAACUCAAGGCACUUUAUAAUGAAUAUGUCCACUUCAAAGAAACAGAGAUCCCUGCCAAGGAGAGAGAGAAGAGCCACAUCGAGCACCUUUACAAGCUUCUGGAGGCAUGGAUAGAGUUUGGGCGUAUUAAGCUUCCCCAAGGGCUACACCCUAAUGAGCUGGAGGAGGAAUGGGGAAAACUGAUCCUGGAGAUGUUGGAGAGAGAGAAAGCACUGAGGCCGGCUGUGGAGAGGUUGGAGUUACUCCUACAGAUGGCCAAUAAAAUCCAGAACAUGGCACUAGACUGUGAGGAGAAACUCACUUUGGCGAAGAACACUCUGCAGGCUGACAUGUCUCAGCUAGAGAAUGGGCAGCCAGUGAGAUAUGAAAAUGAUAUAGGAAUGUAUCUUCAGGACUGUGAGAAUCUGGUCAGACAGCUUUACCUUGACCUGCAGGUCCUCCGAGAUGAGAAGUACUACCAAGUGGAGCAGCUGGCUUUCAGGGUAUCAUGUCUGCAGGAGGAGCUGGUCUCCCUGCGCCUGCAGUGCACCAGUGUGUACCGGAAGGGCCAUUUCUCAACAGGGGGUGUGCUGGGAGAGCACAUCGGUCAGAAGGGUUCUGCAGGCAGUCUGGUCACUCUAAGUGCACAGACAUUACUGGGGGCAGUGGGCACUGUGGCAUCCCUGGUCAGACGGCCUAUGUCUCGCGCAGACCUGGUUGCCAUGUCAUCCUCAGAGGAUGAAGGCAGCCUACGCUUCAUUUAUGAGCUGCUGGGAUGGGUGGAGGAGAUGCAGGACCUACUGGAGCAGGCCGAGUGGGGUUCAGACCUGACGUCUGUAGAACAGCACCUGCAGGACCAUCACAUUAUUCACACAGCAGUGGAGGAUCUUCUGAAUAGCCUCAAAGAGGCUCGAAACUAUGAGUCAAGGGUCUCGCCUAAUCUACAUGGCAGUUACUCUGAAACUCUGUCCAAGCUGGAGAACCAGUAUUGCAAACUGCUGGAACAUUCGUCAUGGCGACUGCGUUGCCUGGAGAGCCUUCAAGCUUUUGUGUCCCACUGCACAGAGGAGUUGAUCUGGCUCAAUGAGAGGGAGGAGGAGGAGCUGGCCUUCGACUGGAGCGACAGCAACACCAAUAUGGCAGCCAAAAGAAAGCAAUAUGCUGAAAUGAGGUCAGAGCUGGAGGAAAAAAAAGAAGUGAUGUGCUCCCUCCAGGAGACAGCUGAUCACCUGUGUCAAGAGAACCAUCCAGCUAAACAGACUGUUGAGGCCUACAGUGCUGCCUUGCAGACGCAGUGGCAGUGGGUCAAAGAGCUUUGCAUAUGUGUGGAGCAACACCUCAAAGACAACACAGCCUACUUCCAGUUUAUGAGUGAUGCACGGGACUGUGAGAGCUAUCUACGCCAGCUUCAAGACACCAUUAAAAGACAAUACACCUGUGAUAAAAACAGCAGACUUGGCAGAUUGGAGGACCUGCUGCAGGACUCCAUGGAGGAGAAAGAACAAUUGAUUGAAUAUCGCAGCACAGUGGCCAAUCUUGUAGGCCGGGCCAAGUCUGUUGUUCAGCUCCGCCCUCGCAGUGCAGAUAGUAACCUGGGCACCACCACGCCCAUUCGUGCCAUCUGUGACUACCGGCAAAUAGAGAUCACAAUCAGUAAAGGAGAGGAGUGUGUGUUGGAGGAUAACUCUCAGAGGACCAAGUGGAAGGUCAUUAGUCCUACUGGAAAUGAGGCCAUGGUACCAUCUGUGUGCUUUACCGUCCCUCCUCCAAAUCAAGAGGCCAUCGACACUGCCAGCAGAAUGGAGCAGAUGUACCAGAACGUCAUGUCUCUGUGGCACCAGCUGCAUGUUAACAUGAAGAGUGUUGUCUCCUGGCACUACCUGCAGAAAGACAUCCAAAAUAUUUCCUCCUGGAGCCUAGACACAAUGCAAUUACAGUCCCCAGUAGAGAGGCAGCAGGCUUUAGACAACCUGGACGCCCACCUGUCCGACUUCCUGACGGAUGGUCGUGAGAGCUCACUUUUCACGCCUGCUGAACGACGUGAGCUAGAGAGGGAUGCUGAGAACUGCCAUGAACAUUGCCAAACAAUGCUGGUCUCUUUAGAGACAGCGGAAAAGGAUGAGUCAGUGUCUCGCGCCUACCUGUCAGAGCUGCAGGGCAUCAAGUCACACCUGGAGGAUGCAGAGAGCAGACUGAUGCGUGGCAUUCAGACUCCACACCCCAGCACAAUAUCAGGAGAUCUUGUAGACAAUGCGGUUCAUAUAGCAGAGCAAGAGAAGCUCCAGCAAGAUCUGAAAGGUCUGCAGUCAGAUUUAGGCGGUGUUUCUCGGCGCUGUGUGAGCUUUUUUGAGGAGAAGCCGGCCUCUUCCAGUGUGCCUGUUCUGCGCUCUGAACUGAACUUUGCUUUAGAACACAUAGAGAAACUCAACUCCCUCUCUUCUGUUUAUCUGCAAAAAUUAAAGACGGUAGAUGUGUUAAUGAGGAGCCUGCAGGCUGCAGAAAGUCACGUGAGAAGGUAUGAGAGUCGACUGAGUGAAGAGGAUAUUGUUCCUGCCGAUACUUCUGCAAUCCAGGCCUUGGGAGAACAGAUAAAGAAAUGGCAUUCAGAGCUGGAAGAGCCGGACCACAUCUUCCAGAGUAUGAGUUUAGAGGUCCAGCGUGCUAGAGAGGCGGGAAACCAACUCGGCCUGCUGCAUCCUGACCGCAGCCCCGAACUCGACCGCUACCAGGAGAAAGCACACCAGCUCACAGAGAGGUGGAAUGGAGUGCGCAGGCAAAUGGAGACACGGCAAAUCGAUCUGGAGAUGCUGGGUUCAGUACUGCAGCAGUACAGAGAAGGCCAUUCUUCUCUCAUCCGCUGGAUAGAGGAGACCACCGAAAGGCAGGAGAACACACAACCAGAGCAGACUGACAGCAGAGCUUUGUCAGAGCAGCUUGCACAGCAAACGGCCUUGGUGGCUGAGAUCGAACAGAACCAGACCAAACUGGAUGAGUGCCAGACGUACUCUAAACAGUACUGCGCUGCUGUCAAAGACUAUGAACUCCAACUUAUGACAUUUAGAGCUUUUGUCGAAACAACCCAGAAAUCCCCUGUAAAAAGGAGAAGAAUGCACUCUUCAUCAGAUGUAAUCACUCAAGAGUUCAUGGAUUUACGCACACGUUACACAGCUCUGGUUACCCUGACAACACAGCAUGUCAAGUACAUUAGUGAUGCACUACGGCGACUUGAAGAGGAAGAGAAAGAGGUAGAGGAGGAGAGGCAGGCGAGAGUGGGGCAGGUCUCAGAGCUGCUCGGCUGGGUCAAGGGCCUGCAGGAGCGAGCUGGAAGGUCUGCAGAGCCAUCACUUGCUGCACAGCAGGCCAUUACUGAGCAGUUAGCAGCCAAAAAAGAAGAGGUUGCUGAAGCUAUCAGGAGCACACAAGUUUUCCUGAUGUCUAAGCAGGCCACCAAGCUGUCUUCUGAAGAGCGUGCCCAGGUGGUCUCCCAGCUGGAUGAGCUGACAGCCACCUACAGUCAACUCUGUGUCAGCUCCACCGCUCAAUUGCAACAACUGGAAGAGCAGCUGGCCAAAGAGGAGGAACGUAAGGGCCAAGAAAUCAUUGUUGGAGUAAUUGACCUUGGCUCCAUGGAAACCUUUUCAGUUUUCCAGGCAGCACAGCGAGGCCUCAUAGACCAGGACACCUGUCAUGUACUGCUGGAGGCACAGCUCAUCAUGGGUGGUCUAUUCCAGCCAGACUCCCCUGGCAUCCUCUCAUUAGAGAAGGGUCUUGCUAUUGGUUUGAUUGAUAAACAUACCUACCAAUCUCUGGUAGAGUUGGAGACUGCCCUUUGUCUUGUCGACAAGGCAAACUUUGCUGAGGGUAAGGUAUUACAAGUAGCUGCUGCUAUGGAAGAAGGUGUCUUAAAGGAGCUGGUGGGGCUUCGUAUACUUGAGCUGCAAAUAAGCACUGGUGGCCUCAAGGUUGGUUCCAGUGGAGAAACUGUCAUUCUGGAUAUUGCAAGACAGAGGGGAUUGCUAUCCGCCACUCUUUGCCAUAAGUUGCAAACCAGUCUUAAUCGACGAGAGCUUAUUGAUCCUAAUACAGCAGAAAAACUAACUCUUGUAGACUUUCAGCAGCGAUGUGUUAUCAAUCAGGAGACAGGUCUGCGCUUGUUUCCAGUUAAACAGAUGCCAGGAGGUACUGUCUGCUUAUACUCUGGCAGAAAGGUAGGAAUAUUCCAUGCUGUUCAAGAAGGGCUCAUCGACCGACAUGUCACAGUUCGACUUCUGGAGGCUCAGUUGUUCGCAGGCGGUAUUAGUGACCCUCGCUCAGGACACAGAUUGACUGUCAAUGAGGCUGUGCGGUAUGGCCUGAUGGAUCAGGACCUAGCCUGCACCCUCAUGACACGACAGCUACAAGCUGGGGGAAUAAUAGAUCCAGUCAGUGGAGAGCGUCUGAUGUUGGACGAGGCCAUACAAAGAGACCUUCUCUCUUCUCGCACAGCCUUGUGUGUGCUGGAAUCUCUGCAGUCUUUUAAGGCAAUACUGUGGCCAGAAUCAGGGAAGCUGCUCCCUGUAAGUGAGGCACUACAGCAAGGCAUUUUCAAUAGAGAGCUUGCCUUGAAAGUCCUGAGUAAACGUCAUUCUGUUGGUGCAGUAUACCUGGCUGACAUUGGGCAGGUAGUCCCUCUGGAUCAAGCUAAGGAGAUACUUGAACAACAGGCAGUAGACAUCCUGAGACAGACCCAGGUCCCAGAUGUCCUUCCCCAUUUGACUCAGUCAGGUUCCUCACAUAUGAAUUGCUUGAGUUGCGGAUCUGCCUCCUCUUCAUCAUCCCCUGCCUCACAUGCAGAUAUCCAUUAUGACUCUUCCAUCACAGAGGAAGGCAGGUCAAAAGAGCAGUUUGAAAACCAGCUUCUCACUCACUUGAUGAUGCAUAGCUACAUUGAUGCUCACACAGGAGAACGUCUAGUCCUGCUAGAACCAGAGUUGGUAGAACUAAUAUCUGAAAAGUUUCAAACGGCAAACCUUGCCACACCAACCCAACAAGAAAAUGGUGACAAUAUAAGAGUUAGAGCAGACAGCUUAACUUUUAGCAAGUUUGAAGAGGAUUUUGAAGACAACAUUCUGUUAUCAGAAGAGAAUGAAGAACUUAAGAUAAAAAAAGAUGAAAUUCUCAUGAAGAAUAAUGAUAUGGGUGAGACUAUAGAAAUAGCAGAGAAAGAUCUUGUUCCCAUGGUGCACACAGACAGAGCCUUAACAGAGCCUUCAUAUAAAGAGGUUUGGCAAGUAAAGGUUCUGUCAUCUGGAGAGUAUAAACAACCUAAGGUCAUACAAGAUGAAAUUGCCAGGAAGAAUAUUGAUAUGGUAGAGACUACAGAAAAAGCAGAGGCAGAUAUCACACCCUUGAAAGGUACAGAUCAAACCUUUAUAGAGCCUUCACAUAAAGUGGUUUGUCAAGAGACAAAAUUGUCUGCAGGAGAGUAUGAAGAACCAAGGAUUAAGAAAGAUGAAAUUGUCAAGAGGAAAACUGAAAUGGAAAAGACCAUAGAAAGAGAAGUGGAAGAUCUUGCAUCCUUGAAAGACACAGACAGAGCCUUUGUAGAGCCUUCACCUAUAGAGGUUUGUCAAGAGAAAGUUCUGUCCUCAGAAGAGUAUGAAGAACCCAACAUUAAGAAAGAUAAAAUUGCCAGCAAAAAUAUUUCUGUUGGUGAGACUAUUGAAAGAGCGGAGGAAGAUCUUACAACCUUGACAGACACGGUGCACAUCUUUAAAGAGCCUUUACUUAAAGUGGUUUGGCAUGAGGAAGGUGUGUCAACAAAAGUGUUUGAAGAACCCAAGAUUUUGAAAAAUAAAAUUGCCAGCAGGAAUACUGAUAUGGGAAAGACCAUAGAAAGAGAAAAGGAAGAUCUUGAACUCUUGAUGGGCACAGACAUAGCCGUUAUAGAGCCUCCACCGAAAGAGAACUGGCAAGAGAAAUUUCUGGCAUCAGGAGAGUAUGAAGAACCUGAGAUUAAAAAAUAUGGAAUGGCCUUCAGGAAAACUGUUGAGGGAGAGGCAGAUAGAGAAGAAAAGGAUCUUGCACCCUUACCAGAUACAAAAAGAGCCUUUAUAGAGCCUACUCAUAAAGAUACUUGGCAAGGAAACAAUCUGCCAGCAAGAGAGUAUGAACAACCCAAGAGUAUUAAAUAUGAAAUUUCCUGCAAAAACACUCAUACAAAAGAGGCUAUAAAAAGAGCAGAGGAUGAAAUUGUUCCUAGGACAAGCACAGACAGAGCCUUUAUAGAGCCUCUGCAUAAAGACAUUUGGCAAAAGAAAAUUCUGUCAGCAGGAGGGUAUGAACAACCCAAGAGUAUUGAAAAUGAAAUUUCCUGCAAGAGCAAUGACACAAAAGAGACUGUAGAAAAAGCAGAGGAACAUCUUGUACCCUGGACAGGCACAGACAGAGCCUUUAUAGAGCCUUCACAUGAAGUAAUUUGCCAAGAGAAAAUUCUGCUGUCAGGAGAGUAUAAACAACUCAAGAUUAAAACAGAUGAAAUUGCCAGCAAGAACAUUUAUAUGGGGGAGACUAAAGAACAAUCAUGGGAAGAUAUUUCACCCUUGAUAGGCACAGAACAAACCUUUAUAGAGCCUUCAUCUAAAGUGGGUUGGCAUGAGAACGUUCUAUCAUCAGGAGAGAAUGAAGAACCCAAUAUUAAAAAUGACAAAAUUUCCAGUAAGAAUGCUGCUGUGGGGGAAUCUAUAGAAAGAGCAAAGGAAGAUCUUGCACCCUUGACAGGCACAGACCAAACCUUUAUGCCUUCACUUACAAGCUUGGCCUUACCAACGACUAUGUCGGGGAAUGUUAUGCUUUUUCAGAAUCAGGUUAUAGGUUCAACAGUAAAUGAACCUAAAACUAAGCAAAGUCUAAAGAGAGAACAAGCAGAUAGUAGUAAAAACACUGAUAUGGGGGAACCUUCAGAAAAAGCAGAGGAAGAUCUUGCACCCUCGACUGGCACAGACGAAACGUUUAUUAAGCCUUCACAUACAAGCUCAGCCCUACUAAUGACAAAAUUAGUGAAUGUUGCAUUUUCUAAAAAUCAGAUUAAAGAUUCAACCUUAAAUGACCCUACAACUAAGUGUGGUGUAAAGAUGGAACAAGCAGAGAGUAGUGGAUUAUUUAUGGAUAUGGAUGAAAGCAGUGCACAUUCUUCAUUCCAAGACACCUCAAAAUUAAGACAGUGUGAUCACCUUAAUGUCAAGUCAGACCAAUCUCAGUUGCUUAAGACUGCAAAACAGUCAGAAGAAUUAAAGGAAAUGGUUGAACAAGAGGUAAAGAAAAACAUCUUUGAUCAACAUGAUAAAGUUAUAAAUACUGAGAAAUUAAACCCAUCAGAAAUUAAGACUUUGUCAGUGGAACCAAGUGACGAUGUGAAGCUGGAGUGUAUGGCUUUGGAGCUAAAACAUGGUGGUUUCUUAACUGUAUAUGGGCAGAAAGUUAUUUUGGAUGAAGCUUUGGCUCAGGGUUUGCUUUCAGGGCAUACUGCUAUUAAGCUUAUGGCAAAAGCUGGUCUUUUUGGUGGUUUCCUGGAUGGUAAUGCUUGUAAGUCACUAAGUGUUGAGAAUGUGAUGCAAGAAGGCCUGUUGGAUGAGGACUUGAUUACCUGUGUGCUUCGUUCAGAAAAGACUUUAGCCGGUGUGAUAGAUGUUGAGCAUGGUCGAAUCUGUUCAAUAAGGCAUGCUACUGAGGCAGGCCUUUUGGACUCAGAUACGGCAGCCCGGCUCCUUGAAGCCCAGGUUGUGUCAGGGGGUAUAGUUGACCUUCGAACGGACAAGAAGGUAUCAGUUACCCUUGCAGCCAACCUUGGGUUGAUUGAGGAGUGCAGAAAAGAGGAGCUUCUUGCACUGGAAAAGGUAUGCCAUGGGAAAGGUUCAGAUUCAAAUGCAGUGUACACCAAGUUGGCAUUACAGUUACAAAUGGCUGGAGUGAUUGACCCAAAAACCAAAAAAGCUGUGCUAUUAGAAGAAGCCAUUAAGAAAGGCAUAAUUGGACAGGAGGUGGCUCAGCAGGUUUUAUGUCAGCAGGUUGCAGAAGGUGGCAUUGUGCAUCAUGGCUCUGGUGUUCGCCUCAGUGUUGCUGAUGCACUAGAACGAGGUCUUGUGGAUCAUACAAUUGCUCCAAAGUUAGAAGAACUUGAAAAGGCUUUCAAGGGCCAAAAACCGUUUAGUUUAGAUCCAGAUAAUACACUUCUCCAUGCAUCUACAGGCUCUUUCUAUGAUGAUUCAUCGAAAACCAGGCUUACUUUGACUGAGGCUGUUUUCAAAUGCCUCCUAGAUGACGAAACAAGCCAACGAGCCAUGGCUUCACCCAAUGUGAGAAGCACUGUGUUGGACCCUCAUAAUGCUCAUAUUGUGCCUUACUCUGAGGUGAUUAAUCAGGCUAAGAUUGACAUUAAGACAGGACAGAGGUUCCUUGAAGUAAGGCCUUUCAGGGGUGUCCUAAAUAAAAAAACUGAUGAUAUAAUGAGCUUACCACAGGCAGUUAAAGUAGGCCAAGUGGAUCCCAUUCCUGCAUUGAGAGUAUUGCAAAGUCAAGCAGAUACAGGGGGUAUUAUUGACAUUUAUAGUGGAAAGCGUUUGUCUCUUCCAGAGGCUGUUAAGAAAGGCUUUGUUAAUGAAGAGAUGGCUAAAUGUAUUGCUGCAAAUCAGGUCUUGAAAGGGGGAUUGAUUGAUCCAGCCAGUGGACACAGAGUCCCAAACAUUACUGAGGCAAUUGAAGAUGGACUCAUUUCUAGAGAAAUGGCUGCAGAGCUUUAUGACAACAUAGCGCAUGUAGAUGAAGAUGAAAUGGAAAGUUCCAAAGUAUCGGUCUCCUCAACAAAUGGAAUGUCUUUUCCUCUUGUUCCUGAGCUGGUAUCAGAUCAGGUCAGCCCUAAUAAAAUGACUCCUGAAAUAAAUCUAAUGAGUAAUUCACCACCACAUUCUUCAGAGUCUCAAAUAAAAAAUGCUGAUCUCCUGAAAAAAGAGGAUCUUGAAAAUACCUUAAGUGUUGGGAUAUUUGAGCAGUGUCCUGAUUCAAAAAGCAAGGAACGAGUGUUUGAUGUAGACUCAUCACAUGAAAUGAUUCAGAACAGCACUGAUGCAACAUUAGAGGUACUGACUGAAUUUGCCUUGAAAGCAGAAAAAAGGCUUCAGCAGGCCAUUGAAGAGAUAAAGCCCCUUAACAAAGAAAUCAAAUCACUUCACCCAAGUCAAAGCCCUGACCAAAUGCAACAGAUUUCUGAGAUCAAAUGUAAAGUGGUGAGAAAUAAUAACUCAAAUUCCCAUGAUCAUACUGCAGAGACAGAGGUCCAGAGGCAGACAGUGAAUGAAUCUACAGUCUCUAAGACCAUUUUCUCAAACCCAGCUGAUGGUUUGUACAAGGAACAAGCCCCAUCUACAGAGAAAAUAGAAGGGCAUAGUUUCAAGGGAGAAGCACAUCAGUCAGAGAGCAAAAUUGACAACAUGGACAGCCAGAAGGCUAAAUUGGAUGAAUCUGCUUCCACACCCACACAGACUGUAAAAGUACCAGGAAAGAAGAAAGGUAGAGGAAAAAAUAGUAAGCAAGCUAAAAUGGAAAAUAAAAAUUAUGAAAAUCUGCAGGCUUCAGUAAUCUCUGGUGGAUGUCGGACAGCUAUAGUUUCACCUAUAGUUAAUACUGAGAUUAGUGAAAAAGAUGCCCUUGCCACUGGUCAGGAGCCUAUUGUGAAAGAUGACAAAGUAGAAAAGGUGAAUAAAGUAGAGCUAUCAGAGAUACCCCAAACAAGCUAUGCACCUGUCUCAGGAAGCAAUGAGAAUGUUCAAGACAAAGCUUUGGAAUUUGGGAUGGCUAAAACUGCUAAUGAAACUGAGACCCCCAAACAUGAAUCUAAUCAUCUGCAGUUUAAUGUAAACACAGAGCAGAAAGAGAAGACUCAAACACAGCACAUCAUCAUGACUGAAAUGGAGAAAACAGAGCAGGAUCAAGAAGCUAUUGAUAUCUCUAAGGAUCCAGAGCAAUUUGAAAAGAAGAAGAAGAAGAAUAAACAUAAAGUUAAGCAAAUGUUUGUUGUUGAAGCAGAAGUUGAAACACAUGAUGAGACUAAGAAAGAGCAGAAGACAAUGAUUCAUGAGUUCCAGCCUCAAAGUAAUCAUUCAGUUGACAAAGAAAAUGAGAAGCUACGCGAGAAAGUCAACCAGGCAAUGGCACAGAAAGAAAGACUUUUGAUGAAGGCUAAAGAAAGCAUUCUUAGGAAGGUGUUUGAGCGAGGAGUCAGCGAUAAACAGGCUGCUGAAGAAUUAGAAGCAAUGCGGCAAGGCGCUAGUCAUGGAGAACUGCAGAUGACCAUCCAUGAGGAAUCCAUUGUAGAAAAGACAGGCCCAGAAUCUCCUCAAAGUAAAAAGCUAUAUAACAAACUCCACCAGACAGGGCAAGAAAUGAAGGCUAAAAAGUUAGUGGCAGAGAAAAUUCUACAUGGGGCUGAUUCUCUUGCAUGCUCCACAGAUAAAGCACAGCUUCAUGAACAGGAAGAAGUUGAGCUUGACAAGCAUACAAACAGAAAAUUAAGUGGUGAUGAAAAUCAAACUAUUUCAUAUUCUACAAAGACCUCCGAUGACAUUGAGGACAUAAACCAGGAAAGACUUAAUCCAAUCCAGAAUUUACAUGUGCACGUCAAAGAAAGAAGAGCAAUAGAACAAAACAUUGAGCCAUUAUAUACAGAAGAUGAAAAGUUGUUCAACACAACAGCUGAAUUGACCUUAGACACUGUUUUGACUGAAAGUCCUGAAGACACUAAAUUAUUACUGUUGUCAAGUGAGGUAUGUACUCCUUUGCAAAUUACCAAAACAGCAAUGGGGAAAGUAAGCAAUGAACUUCAUCAAAAAAGAAAUGACAAGUCCCCUUUCAAUGAAGCCAUUGAUGAAACAUCUGUCAGAGAAUCUAACAUUGCUGGACUAUCCCUAAUGGAGGAGAUCCCAGUGCCUGUUACCACACAGAAAGAAGAGGUGGAAGAGUGUGCAGAGGGUUUAGUGGAAAAGCAACCUAAAAAAAAUCAAAUGAAAACUGAACAACAGAACAGGGAUACUACAAAGGCUAGAAAGUACUCACUGGCCCGCCAAGAGUGCUUAGAACAUGACCAACAGAUUGUGGCUCUGCUCUCCAUGGUGAGACACAUUGAGGUCCGUCUUAAACAACAACAACAACAGUCUGCUGGUCGAAGUCUCAUCACACUUGAUGACAUAAUCAGACAGACAGAGAUCCUUUUCCUGGAAAUUAGUGACCUGGAAACAGAAGUGCACAAGGAGACUGAAGCAGCAAUGCAGCUGUUGGAGUCUCACUCUCAGGAUGUCCCACCUCAGCUGCUUAUGGCUCUUGAGAAGGAUGGGCGAAGUUUAGCCAGAGCAUACUGUGCAACCAGGGACCUUGGCCAGAGUGCGUUGCAGGGGUUGCAAGCACAACGUGAUGCACAAAAAGAAGCUGUAAAUAGUAAGAUGAAGUCUUUGGAAGAGCAAGUGAACAACCUUCUCAGCUGGCUUAAGAAGAUGGAGAUACAAAUGGAGAAGGAAACAGGGGUAGAUGGACAGACAGCAGCAGAUAAGAGCAUUUCUGCACAGAUCACUUAUAAACAACAGUUGUGCAAGGAGUUACAGAAUGCUCUUGCAGCCCGAUCCACUGACGUCAGCACUGUGGUGUUCAAAAUCCAGGUGUUUAUCUCUGAGCAUGCUCAGGACCUACUUCCUGAUCAGUGCAGGCAUCUUCUUGGACAACUGGAACAGCUUCAGAGGGUGUUUCACCUGGCUGUUGGUCACACUCAUGCCAGGGCAGAAGCACUGUCAGCCCAGCAAGAGAGAGAGGAUGAACGAAUGAGGAAAGAGCAGAAAGAAAAAGAAGAGAAAGAGGAGAAAAAGCGACAAACUGCAAGGGAUAGUGAGGUUGUGCAGCAGCAGAAGGAAGAAUGCUCUCAAAAACUGGAGAACCUCACAAUGUGGUUGGCUGGUGCUGCCAGCCUCCUAGCCAAUCAGAGAGUGGGAGUGGAGUCAAGUGAUGUAAAUGCAUUACAACAGAAGCAAAAAGAGCUUAAGGAGGUGGAGAAGGACCUUCAGACCAAAAGUGACUCAUUGAUGGAGGCUAUGCGUUCAGUCAAAGAGUUCCUGGCUGAGCGGGGUGACAGUUUGAGUCCUCAGGAAAGAGCCAAACUGCAGGGGGCUCUUUCACAAAUGAAGGAGCAGCACAGCUCACUCACAAACUCAAUCCACUCCUCACUGGCUCAAGUGGACACUGCCAUCGUCACAACACUUCAGCAGAACACACAGAGGGCAAAAGCAGAGGAGCAGAUGCAGGAGACUCAGGGAAAAAUAGACACACUGCUCAGAGAAUUGUCAUCACUCGACGAGUCAAAGAGGAGGUCACUUGGAGAGACCGUCCCUGACUCAUCUGUACUGCCAGAGAGUAACCUGAAUUUUCACAGUGACAUGCUUCAGACUGAGCUGCAGCAGUUACAAGCUCAGCAGGCUCACCUUCAGCAGGUGGCCCAAUCCGUCCGUUCCCUUCUGGAGCAACCCGACUCCAGUGUGCCACCAGAAGAGAAGCAGCGCUUGCGGGCCAAGCUGGAUCAGCUGCAGAGUCAGCAUCAGGAGCGCCUCCAGAGUUGUCAGGAUAGACUGAGGCAUGCAGAUACCCUCAGAGACGAGCUUGCCAAGUUCAUGCAGGAGCACAGGAACCUGGGAACAUGGCUGGAUCAGAGUGAACAAGAGCUGCGCUCACUCGGAGAAGGGGAAACUGAUGCAAAGGGCCUAAAAAACAGGAUGGAGGAGCACAAAAAGCUUGCAGAGGAUGUCAUCUGUCACAAAGCAGACCUGCGCUUUGUGACUAUCUCUGGUCAGAAGGUUCUGGACUCUGUUCAGGGGGCCCUGGAGAGGGUGGGCAGUUCUGAUCCAGUUCUUGAGGAUACCAGGCAACUUGUGAGUGACAAGCUACAAGAAGCCACACAACGCUACAAUUUAUUGCACAGCAAGUCCUCAGAACUUGGCACCCAUCUCUCAGGUCUCCUGGAGCGAUACCAGCUGUACCAAGAGGAGGCUGGUUCUUUAGAGUCCUGGCUAAUCACUCAAGAGCAGAAUCAGAGCAUAUUUAAACCCAGCGGAGAGCAAAUAGACACCCAAACACUGCAACGUACUCUUAAUACUGUACAGCUGUUACAGGAUGAGCUGGCAGAGCGUUCUGUACAGCUUGAAAAAGUCAAGAGGGCAGGAAAAGAGCUGGUUAGCGCUCAGGAGCCCCCGACUCUCAAAAAAUCCGAUAUUAUCAACACAACAGAUGCUCUGGAGAAGUGGUUUGAAACUCUGUCUGAUUCGGUGACAGUGAGGGCUGAGCAGCUCCAGACAGCUGUUGCCCAGUCAGUCAGUGUUCAGGAGGGGCUUAAAGCACUGCUGACAUGGUUGGAUGGCCUACCUUUAUCUCCUGGCCCAGUCCAGCCCACUGCCGAAGCAGUUCAGGAUGCCCUGACACAAAAUCAGAAAAUACGUCAGGAGCUUCUUUCGAGGCAGGGCAGUGUAGAUGCCACCUGUGAUUCUGUGUCCAAGCUUCUGAAAUCUGCAGAUGCAUCGACAGCAUCUGGCCUGCAGGGGGCACUGCAGGACCUUAGGCAGCGCUAUGCUGCAGCCCAGGCCAAGCAGGCUAAAGGAGAGACUGAGUUGCGGGGUCUUUUGCCCAAGUUGGAGAGCUUUGAGUGCCAGAGCACAGACCUCCGCAGCUUUACACAGAGCCGAGAAAGAGCUCUGAGCCCUGUAGGCCAACCAGACUGCAGCAUGGAAGACUACAGACAGACCAUUGAGGAGGUGAGAUCAGAGAUUACUCAAGAGUCAAGUCAAUUAAAAUCAUUUGUCGAGCUUGGUUCAGAUGUAAGCCAAUCUGGGAUCCUUGCUAAUGUGCAAAGCAUUCUGGACACAACCAAAGAGGUUUCUGAGGAGUUUGCAUGCCUGGAAUCCAAUGUCAACGAGAGGUUUGAUUCCAUCCAGAGCUGUGUACAUCAGCUGGUGGAGUUUCGUUCGCGCUCUGGCUCCCUCCUCAGGUGGUUGCAGACAGUACAAGAACAGCUGCCAGCCAAAGAGCCCAACCUCAGCACAGAGAGCCUGCAGAGGAGAGCACAACAGCUCAAGGAUCUUCUUACGGAAUGGGAGACCCAUGGAAGUCAAAUUCAGGAGUUGAACAAGACCAGUUCACAACUGGAGAGCCUGAUUAUUAACAUAACAGCACCAAAGAAUAAGACUGGUGCCCCUCAGCUCAAUGGUGCUUCCAGCCCCAACAGUGUUAAUGGCAUUCACACCUGUAAAGACUUGACAGAGAUCCAGGUGGCAGUGGCAGAUGUGAACAGCAAGUAUGAGAAGCUGGGCAGUGACCUAAGGGAGAGGAAGAGUAGACAAGCGGCCUCACUUGACCUGCGACAGAAGGCCAGGCAGGGCACAGAGGCACUCACCCAGUGGUUGGUGCCCCGUGAACAGAGCCUGGCACAAGGGCAGUCUGCCUCACCCUCCAGGCCUGAGGUGGUGCGUGCUCAAGCCCAAGAGACCAAGGCUUUACUCUCUGAGCUGGCCGAGCAUUCUGGAAAAGUGGAGGACCUCAAGAACAUUCUGAAGCAGCUAAUAAAAGAAAAUCCAGACUCUCCUGAAGCUGAGACAUGGAAACGUCAGCUUGAAGACAUAGACUCACGGUGGAAGAAGGCCAAUCAGAAUGCAGUACAGAGGCAGACUGAACUGGAGGCUUGUGCUGAUAGGCUGGGUAGUUUUGCAUCAGCAGCCAGUCAACUAGGACCAUGGCUCAGAGAGAAGGAGCUAAUGAUGAGUGUACUGGGCCCACUGAGUAUUGACCCCAACAUGCUCAACACACAGAAACAACAAGUGCAGUUCAUGCUUCGCGAAUUUGAGACACGACAUCCCCAGUUCAACCAGCUGACUCGGGCAGCAGAGGGAAUCCUCUCCCCAGCUGGAGACGAGACUUCUGGAGAUGGCCAGGACUUAGAAGUCAGGCAGGAGCUGGCAGACAUUUCACAACAGUGGGAGGACCUCACCUCUCGCCUCACUGGCCGCUCCCAACUGAUCGACCAAGCCCAGGGAACCAGUGAGCUUUAUCUGUCCCUCCUCAGGGAGCUGUCUCAGAGUGUGGCCGAUCUAGGCAAGAAACUGGAUGCACAGGCCUCUCUAAGCGCCCAGCCUGAGGCGCUACGCCGCAGGCUUCAGGAAACAGGGGAGAUCCGAGCCGAGCUGGAACAGAGACGGGGUCAGCUGGCCCAGGCCGAGCAGCUAUGUGCGGAGCUCAGCACAAUUGUGGCUGAACCAUAUCUGAGAGAUGAGUUGCACAAGAGACUGGAGAGUGUUAGUGGUCCCCUCAAGAAUCUAGAAGAAAGGGCUGCUGACAGCUUGUCCCAGCUGCAGGCAGCCCUGUCCAGCACACAGCAGUUCCAGCAGAUGUUUGAAGAGCUUCGUGGCUGGUUGAACGGACAGGAUGGGAAUCACAUAUCUGGUAUUUCUGAACCCCUCCCUUGCCAGCCUGAUCCCCUGAAGACCCUUCUCGCCCAACAGGAGGAUCUCCAGCGAACCAUUUCACAGCAGCGUGGAUCCUAUGAACUCAUCCAGGCAGAGGGUUCAUCUCUUCUGGCAUCCCUUCCUGCUGGAGAUGAGCGAUUAGCCCUACAGACUCGACUUAACACCCUACGGCAAGACUGGGAGGGCCUAAACCAACAAACCACAGAGAAACACUGUCGAAUCAAAGAGACACUGUCCCGCGCAGAGCUGUACCAACAACGUUGUGAUGAACUAGUACCCUGGGUAACGGAAUGUGAGGAAAAGGAGUCAGAGAUCCACCCAUCAUUGGAUCCUGCUGCCUUAGAUGAGGCCCUGCAAAAGGCUAGACAACUGAUGCUGGACUUGGAUCGCCGUCGCCCCCUCUUGGAUUCUUUGAACACUGCAGCAGAUCAGCUUUUAGAGCAGGGAUGCACUGGCGAUGAGGAAAUAAGAGAUGAGAAAGCUCAGCUUAACCGUAGGGUAGACGGACUCUCAGAGCGACUACAGGGUCACACGGCCCAACUGGAUGAGUUGGGAAGCAGACUGAAGGAGUUUGAAGAUGGCAGGCAGGCUGUGGAGAGUAGACUUGAGGCAGCUAGACAUCAGAUCGAAGUUCAGGAGGCACUUGGACCACAAGCUUGUAGUAAUAAAAGCCUGGAGCGUCUACGUAGCCAGCAAGAGAUGUUAAACUCUCUGCAGCCACAAGUGGUGUACCUACGUAAUUUGGCUCAGGGGCUUCUGCAGGAUGCACCAGAGAUCUCCGGGGCCAGUGAAGAUGGUGGCCAGAUGCUAUUACAGCAAGCUCAUGACACGGAAAGGGAGUUUGAAGAAGUUGCUGAAAAGACUGAGCAAUGCUGCUCAUCUCUGGAGUCCCGGUUACAGGGCGUGGGAGAGGUCCAGUCACGUGUCCGGGAUAUUUUCUCCCGCCUGGCUGAUUUGGAUGAUGAGCUGGACAGUCUCAGCCCUGUGGGGCGAGACACCGACUCCUUGGCCUCGCAGGCUGAGGCUGUCAGGGGUUUCCUGAGCCGACUUAAUGCCCUCCGUGCUGAGCUAGAAGGUUAUGGUGGAGAAUGCACCACUAUGCUGCGUAGAGAGGGAAGCUCUCCAGAUCUUCUGGCCCUAAGGAGAGAGACUGAGGCCCAGAGCAGACAGGCAGGCAAGCUGGCAGAGCGAGGCCAGAACCGUCUGGCACUCAUAGAAGCAGCAGAGGAGCGUGUGAAGGAGUUCUACACCCAACUGACUGAGCUGCAGAGGUUGCUGGAACAGGCAGAAGAGGUGCUGAACACACAGGCUGUCGUGGGCACAGAGGUCGAGGUCAUCAAACAGCAGCUUCAGGAAUUCAAGGCUGAGGAAAGGGAACAAGUAGACAGCAUCCAUCCUAAACUCCAGCAUGUCAACGCUGUGGGUCAGGGUCUUAUCCAGAGUGCAGCCAAACACACAGACACUCAGGCCCUGGAGCAUGACCUGGAAACCACCAACCUGCGCUGGAACUCCCUCAACAAGAGGGUCACUGAAAGAAUUGCACAGCUGCAGGAGGCACUGUUGCACUGUGGGAAGUUCCAAGAUGCCCUGGAGCCACUGUUGAGCUGGCUGAGUGACACAGAGGAGCUUGUUGCCAAUCAGAAACCUCCGUCCGCUGAGUACCGUGUAGUCAAGGCACAAAUUCAGGAGCAAAAGCUGCUACAGUGGUUGCUGGAUGACCGCCGUGGGACAGUAGAGAUGAUCAGGGCAGAAGGAGAGCGUAUAGCUGCCACGGCCGAGACACAAGACAGAGACAAAAUCCAGAGACAACUAAAGAGCCUCGGAGAGAGAUGGACAAACCUGCUGGAAAAGGCUAGUUCCAGGCAACGGCAACUGGAGGAGUUGCAGGUGUUGGCUCUGCAGUUCCAUGAGGCUUUGGAGCCACUUGGGGAGUGGUUGAGUGCUGCGGAGAGGCGCCUGAGCUCUGCUGAACCAAUGGGAACCCAGACUUCCAAAAUCACACAGCAGAUUGUAAAGCACAAGGCUUUCCAAGAGGAGGUGACCUCUCGGGAGAAAGAGGUUGACCACCUUGAGACUCUCAGCCAAUCACUGUACUCGCUCAGCUGUGUGGCUGAUCGUGAUUGGCUGGGCGAGCGUGUGGCGGCAGUGCGCAAUGGGCACACAGAGCUGCGUGAAUGGUACAGUCGAAGGGAGGCCAUGCUGGAGCAGGCCCUUGCUAAUGCACAACUGUUUGGAGAGGAAGAGGUGGAAGUCCUUAACUGGCUAGCUGAGGUGGCCCAGAGACUGGCUGAGGUCUCGUUGCAGAGUUAUCAGCCGGAGCUGUUGGCACAGACACACAAACACACACUGGCUCUUAAUGAAGAGAUAAUCAGCAGGAAGAAGACAGUGGACCAGGCCAUUAAGAAUGGACAGGCUCUGCUCAAACAAACCACUGGUGAAGAGGUCUUGUUGAUUCAGGAGAAGCUAGAUGGCAUUAAAAGUCGCUACGCAGAGAUGACAGCAGGCAGCUGCAAGGCCCUUCGUACUCUGGAACAGGCCCUUCAAUUGGCCACACGAUUCGCUAGCGCACACAAUGACAUCAACCAAUGGUUGGAUGCUGUGGAGGUGGAGCUUAGCAACAUUGAGCCAGACACAACACCAGCCUAUCAGGACAGACAAAGGGAGCUGAAAUGUGUGUCUGCUGAGAAGCGGUUGGUUCUGGACACAGUCAAUGAAGUGGGCAGUGCCUUACUGGAUCUGGUGCCCUGGCGUGCACGAGAGGGCCUGGACCGCCUGGUCGCUGAUGCCAAUCAGCGCUACCGCCAAGCAGACGAGACCAUCACACAGAGAGUGCAGUUAGUGCAGGCUGCUAUCCAAAGGUCACAGCAGUAUGAGGAGGCAAUGGAUGCAGAGUUGACCUGGGUCAGAGAGAUGCAGAGGAAGUUGGCAGCUUUGGGGCCUCUUAGUCUGGAGCCCGAUGUAACUGUGGCUCAGCUCCAGGUGCAGAGAGCCUUUAACAUCGACAUUAUCCGUCACAAAGACACCGUGGACCAACUUCUUAAGACUCAAGAGGACAUCCUGGAGAGCUGCACUGAACAGCAGAGAGAGGCACUGAUGGUGAAGAUGGACUCUUUAAGUGCUUGUUAUGAAGCAGUAAACCAGAGUCAUUCUGAGCGGUUUUCAGCUCUAGAGCAGGCUCAGGUACUGGUGGCCCGGUUCUGGGAGACUUAUGAGGAACUUGAACCCUGGUUGGGUGAGACGGAGACACUGAUUACCCAGUUACCCCCUCCCGCCAUUGACACAGAGGCACUCAGGCAACAGCAAGACCAAAUGAGGCUUCUGAGGGAGUUCAUUGCUGAGCACAAGCCACACAUAGACAAGUUGCUAAAGAUCGGCCCACAGCUGGCAGAGCUGAGUGCCCAGGAAGGAUUGACGGUGAGACAGCGGUAUAAUGAUGCAGAAAGACGUUACAUCACUAUCAAAGAAGAGGUCAAAUGUCGAGCUACAGCACUUGAUGAAGCCGUGUCACAGUCUACACAGUUCCAUGAUAAGAUGGACCCUCUGUUGGAAACUCUGGAGGGAGCGGUCCAGCGUUUGCGGCAGCCUCCUCCAGUGGCCGCUGAGGUGGACAAGAUCCGGGAGCAGCUGGCGGAGCACCGGGCUACAGGACUAGAGCUGGACAAACUCCUGCCGUCUUUCAGUGCCUUGUGUGCCCGCGGAGAAGAGCUCAUCAGUCGCGCCCCACACGACGAUCCUGCUGCCCAGGCGGUGCAUUCCCGACUCUUGCGGCUGCGCUCCCUAUGGGAUGAGAUCAGGCAGAGGGCUGAGGAAAGAGAAGGGAAGCUUCAGGAUGUUCUGGACCUCGCCGGAAAGUUCUGGGCUGACAUGGCCGCUCUGCUGAGCACUCUCCGUGACUCUCAGGACAUUGUGAAAGAGCUGGAGGAUCCUGGGGUGGAUCCCUCACUCAUCAAACAACAAAUAGAGGCAGCAGAGGCCAUUAAGGCAGAGACAGAUGGACUGAGGGAAGAACUGGAGAUCGUACGCACACUGGGAGCUGAUCUCAUCUUUGCCUGUGGAGAGACAGAGAAACCAGAGGUCAAGAAAACCAUCGAUGAGAUGAAUGCUGCCUGGGAAGGCUUGAACCGCACAUGGAGAGAGAGAAUGGAGAGACUGGAGGAGGCAAUGACUGCUUCUGUUCAGUACCAGGAUGCUCUUCAGGGCAUGUUUGACUACUUGGACAAUGCUGUCAUCAAACUGUGUGACAUGCCAGCUGUGGGGACGGACCUCAGCACUGUCAAACAACAGAUCGAGGAGCUAAAGCAAUACAAAGUAGAGGUGUACCAGCAGCAGAUUGACAUGGAGAAGCUCUGCCACCAAGGAGAGCUGCUGCUCAGGAAGGUGACUGAUCAAACAGACAGAGACAUGAUACAGGAGCCUCUCAUUGAGCUGCGCCACCUCUGGGACAACCUGGUGGACAAGAUUACACUCAGACAGCACAAACUAGAGGGUGCUCUGCUGGCUUUAGGUCAGUUCCAGCAUGCUCUCUCAGAGCUACUGUCUUGGCUCAGCCACACUCACACCACACUGGACACACAGCGGCCCAUCAGCUCUGACCCCAAGGCCAUUGAAAUCGAGCUGGCUAAGCAUCACGUUUUAAGAAACGAUGUGCUGUCCCAUCGGGCCACUGUUGAGACUGUGAACAGUGCCGGCUCUGAGCUGCUGGAGUCCAGUCCUGGAGACGAGAUCAAUCACCUGAGAGACCAGCUGGAUGAACUGAACCGCAGCUGGAAGAAUCUUCUGCUCAAGACUGAUGAGAGGCAGAAACUGCUGGAAGCAGCUCUGCAACAGGCGGAGGGUUUCCACGGAGAGCUGGAGGAGUUUCUGCAGUGGCUCAGACGCACAGAGAGUCAGCUGUCUGCUGCCAAACCCACAGGUGGCCUGCCUGAGACUGCCAGAGAGCAAUUGCAGCAACACAUGGAGCUCCAGUCUCAGUUGACCCAGAGAGGUGAGCAGUACCAUCGGCUGCUGGACCAUGGAGAGUCCAUGCUGCUGGCCAGAGGAGGGGAGGACACUGGUCCAGGAACCACACAGACACAACAGAACCUGGCUCUACUACAGAACAAAUGGGCAAGUCUCAAUGCCAAAAUGGAUGACAGAAGGGGUAAACUGGAGGAAGCUGUCUCACUGGCAACAGGGUUCCAGACCUCCCUGCAGGACACUAUGAACUGGCUGACUCAGGCAGAGCAGACACUCAACAUGGCUCAACCACCCAGUCUCAUUCUCGACACCGUACUCUUCCAGAUAGAUGAGCACAAGGUGUUUGUGAAUGAGGUGAACACUCACAGAGAGCAGGUUCUAGCUCUGGAGAAGGCCGGCUCUCAACUGCGGUUCGCUAGUCUCAAACAGGACGUGGUUCUCAUCAAGAACUUGCUGCUCAGUGUACAGGCCCGCUGGGACAAACUGGUGCAGAGGUCACUGGACAGAGGACGCCACCUGGAUGAGGCCCGCAAGAGAGCAAAACAGUUCCAUGAGGCCUGGAGGAAGCUGACGGACUGGCUGGAGGAGGCAGAGAGCAGGCUGGACUCUGAACUGGAAAUCUCCAACGAACCUGACAAGAUUAAAAUCCAUCUUGCCAAACAUAAGGAGUUCCAGAAGGCUCUUGGAUCCAAGCAGCCAGUGUAUGACACUACAGUGCGUUCUGGGAAGGCCAUGAGAGACAAGGCCACACUAUCAGCUGACACACAAAAGCUGGACAACUUGUUGGGCGAGGUCCGUGACAAAUGGGACACCGUGUGUGGAAAGAGUGUGGAGAGGCAACACAAGUUGGAGGAAGCUCUGUUGUUCUCAGGUCAGUUUGCUGAGGCUCUGCAGGCUCUUGUUGACUGGCUGUAUCGUGUGGAGCCUCAGCUUGCAGAGGACCAGCCUGUCCAUGGAGACCUGGACCUGGUUUCCAACCUCAUGGACUCCCAUAAGGCCUUCCAGAAGGAGCUGGGAAAGAGGACCAGUAGUGUGCAGGCUCUGAAGCGUUCUGCUCGAGAGCUGAUGGAGACGGGCCGAGACGACACCGCCUGGGUCAAAGUUCAACUGCAGGAGCUUAGCAACCGCUGGGAAACGGUCUGUGCCCUGUCAGUCUCAAAACAGACCCGCCUCCAACAGGCUCUCAAACAGGCAGAGGAGUUCCGCACAGCAGUUCAGAUGUUACUGGAGUGGCUGUCAGAGGCAGAGCAGACUUUGCGUUUCCGUGGCGUCCUGCCAGAGGAGGCAGAGACUCUGCAGGCGCUGCUGCACACGCACCGAGACUUUAUGCAGACAGUGGAAGAGAAGAGAGUGGAUGUGAAUAAAUCUGCUGGCAUGGGUGAAGCCAUACUGGCCGUCUGCCACCCGGACUGCAUCACCACCAUCAAACACUGGAUCACCAUCAUCAGAGCUCGCUUUGAAGAGGUGCUGACAUGGGCCAAACAGCACGAGCAGCGCUUGGAGACGGCUCUUACUGAAUUGCUGAACAAUGCUACACUACUGGAGGAGCUAUUGUCAUGGCUACAGUGGGCAGAGACCACACUGGUGCAGCGUGAUACUGAACCACUCCCUCAGGACAUCCCUCAGCUAAAGACACUAAUCACAGAGCAUCAGGUGUUUAUGGAGGAAAUGACCCGGAAACAGCCUGAUGUCGACAAAGUGACAAAGACAUAUAAGAGGAAACCAGCAGAGCAUCCCAGCAGCCUGUCAGAGAGGAGAGGAACUCGAAAACACCAGCAGCAGCAGCAACAACAGCAUUCAGUACAGGUAACCGGCGGUAACCCUCGCCUCACUCAGCUCUGCUCCCGCUGGCAACAGGUGUGGCUGCUCGCCCUUGAUCGUCAGCGCAAGCUCAAUGAUGCCCUCGACAGACUAGAGGAGCUCAAAGAAUUUGCCAACUUUGACUUUGAUGUGUGGAGAAAAAAGUACAUGCGCUGGAUGAACCACAAGAAGUCUCGCGUCAUGGACUUCUUCAGACGCAUCGACAAGGACCAGGAUGGAAAGAUCACACGGCAGGAGUUUAUUGAUGGCAUCUUGGCGUCAAAGUUCCCCACCAGCAAGCUGGAGAUGACCGCUGUUGCUGAUAUCUUUGACCGUGAUUGUGAUGGCUACAUCGAUUACUACGAAUUUGUGGCAGCUUUGCACCCCAACAAAGAUGCUUACAGACCUACAACAGAUGCUGAUAAGAUUGAAGAUGAGGUCACCAGACAAGUGGCCCAGUGCAAGUGUGCCAAGAGGUUUCAGGUGGAACAGAUCGGAGAAAACAAGUAUAGGUUCUUCCUUGGGAAUCAGUUUGGAGACUCACAGCAGCUGCGGCUUGUGCGAAUCUUGCGCAGUACCGUCAUGGUUCGGGUCGGAGGUGGGUGGAUGGCGUUGGAUGAGUUCCUGGUCAAGAACGACCCUUGCCGUGUGCAACAUCCAGGACUUAAAAUCUUCCGUUCUGACUCCAGCAGCUCCAUAUCAUCUCGCAUAGCUCGUGGACGUACCAACCUGGAGCUUCGGGAAAAGUUCAUUCUUCCAGAAGGAGCCACGCAGGGUCUGGCAGCCUUCCGGUCCCGGGGUCGACGAUCCAAACCUUCAUCGCGCACAGCGUCACCCACCCGUUCGUCUUCAUCAGCAUCGCACAGUGCCCACAGCUGCGCCUCUGUGCCCUCCGCCCCCGCCACGCCCACAACCUCCUCAAGGUCCUCCCAAUCCCAAUCUCGUGGCUAUGCCAAGCCCUGGCUGGCACACAGUAAAACUCCAACUCCAACCAAGUGCCAGUCCUGCCCAGAGCACGGCCAGACCCAUGGGCAUGAGGGAGGCUCCACGUCCAAGUUAAAGAGACCAACCUUUCAUUCCAGCCGAGGCUCCUUGACUGGUGAGAAUGGUGGAACCACACCAACCGCUGCUAAACCAGGACGAUCUGACACUAAACGCACUCCGUCCUCAACGAGCGGCCCAACCAGUCGAGCAGGUAGUCGUGCGGGAAGCCGAGCCAGCAGCCGAAGGGGCAGCGAUGCUUCAGACACCUCUGAGCUCAUGGAGACACGUUCGGCUUGCUCCGAUACCUCAGACACCCCUCGCCGGCCUGAGGCCAAACCCUCCAAAAUCCCCACCAUCACCAAAAAGACCCCCAGCCCUAAAACACCAGCGGGGAAAAAAUGAAGUUCCACCCCCAUAAGACCUAUGUGUGACCAAUUCUGAGAUGGUUGUGAUAAACCAGCAGGAGAGGAGAACAUCUACCCUCCCUUUCCUCCUUAAUGCACAUUGGCCAAUCAAUGUGCUCUCCACCAGCUCAGACAUUUAGGGUAGAUGAGAAAGGACCAGACUCUAACCAAAACCCAGUCUAGUCAGUUCUCUAGCGCCCUCCUCUGGGAGGCUGCACACUGCUACAGCACCCUAAGAGAAUACCUACCAUAAAUGCUGCCUUAUUUGUGUUAUACAUCAUGUCCUAAAUUACAUUUUAGUUUUUGAUUGUGUGAUAGAGAUGUGAAAACGCUGCGUGACAUAUCCACAUCUUCAGUGCCCACUUGGGACAAUAAACACACAGAGGGACAUCAGUUCUGCACCAGGGGUUUUCAUGUCUGUGAAUAUGCAACCGCCAGUCACUCUCCAGAACUCAGAGACUCGAUUCACACCAAUACAGACAUGCAUCAUCAUGGUUGUCACUUUGGAGAUUGUUUGCUUGGAAAAACUCAUCUCCUCCACAUGUAUGCAGACCACUUUCCCAGGAGUGUGUGCCACUGAAAAUCCAAGGAAAAAUGAAAAAAGAGACCUUUUCCUCAGCAUAUGGGACAUUUUUGAAUUAUGUGCAUUUGUGUGUGUGUAUGUAUGUGUGAAGGUUUCUUUCAUGGUAAAUUAACAGUAAUAAGGAGAGGAAAUGGAUUAUACAUAUCUCUAGCCUUCCUGCGGAGUCAAGAUUCUCAGCCUUGUGACCAAGAAUACUAGAUCCUUCUGGGGUCUCUUUCUGAUGUCACAAAAGAUCCUUUUAAUUGACUCCUAUAGCACACAGCAGAUCCAUUUCACAUGCUUGCACCAACAGUCUUUUCCACUGUGUCCAUGCAGCCACGCGUACACUUCUAGUUGCCAUUUCAGUUCCAUGCAUUUUGUUACAGAUAUUAUGUUACAGAGCUUUUUCCACAGUAUGCAAAAAAUGAUUACAAUUGUGAAUGUUUCAUGGUUAAUUUAUAAUCCUGAUGUUGUUUUUCAUUUCUAGAGUAAGAAACCGUGUAUUUGUGAUUGCAGUAUCAUAUCAACUUGAGAAUGACUAGUAUUAAUACAACCAGAAUCACUUUUGUUUUUGUACUAAGAAAAUAUCUGCUUCUGAUGUGAAGAAAUUAUUUGACAAUGAUCAUUAACUGACCAGGAAGCUUACUGAUUCCAAUGGUGGCCUUUUUGCCAGUGACUACAAACUUUAGAUGACAUCAAAGGUGGGUUCCCACUUUUUCUUUUGUGACUGAAGCACCCUGAAUAAUGGAGAAUGGGGACGCUUGUGUAGUCCUCAUAAAACAGCGCUUUGAAUCUUGUCUUUGACAAGCUGAAGUAUAUAAAUACCUGAAGAAAGGUGAUUUUUAUUUAUUUAUUGUCAGUGGGAGGGGAGGGGACAAGGGAUAUGAAAGGAUCCACCUUUUGAUGUGUUACUCUUUUGACAUGGCUGACAGACAGAGGGGUGCAAUUGUGUAAAAGUAAAGAAGUUAUGAUUAUAAAUCAUUUUGUGUUCUCUUUUGUAUUAAAACAAUGCUUGCAGUAAACUGUCUGUUUAUUAUUGAA